UGCUGUGUGGAACACAUCUGCGGGAUCAGUUUGGUGUUGUUAUUUAGUUUGACGUGGAAAUAUGUGUAUUCAGACAUGAAGCAAACAAGUUUAUUUAACACGAGGGCAUUUAGCCUGUUCCGUGCGUUUGUUAUACCUGUCAUUUUGAUUUUGUAUUGUUAUGCUGUCGAUGCACAAAAAGUGGACACAAAUUUAAAACAUCAAUGUGAGACCAUAAACUGUUUAUUUGGUGAAGUACCUUUCGUUCAGUCUGUGGCAACAGAGACUAGUGUGGUGCGGAAAAGGGAAACUGGUGAUGAGAAGGACGGUAAUGUGAAGCCGGCAGUGUCUGAGGCAAAAACAGAGAAUCACAAAAAUUCUGUUUCAGGAGAUACGCUACUUAAAAGCUCAAAUGGCACUAAAACCUCGAACGCUACUUCGACAGAGGGACCACCAAAUGCAAAUGUCAGUAUGCCGCCGAUGCCACCCAUGCAAGCACCAACGAAUGCAACUAAUGUGACGGUUAGUUCCACAGAGUCGCCUGGUGAACCUGUUCUCCCCGACAAAGGUUCUGCAGAGGAAGAACACAACAGCUCAAUGUCAAUAUUUUUUGUGCUUUGCGUGCUAGCCUUAGGUAUUUUAUUGAUUCAUUUUAUGUUGCAAUUCAACUUCCAGUACUUACCAGAAAGUGUCGCUAUUGUAUUUCUUGGGGCAUUGAUAGGCCUUAUAAUCAAUCUGAUGUCAAAUCAAAACAUUGCAAACUGGAGAAAAGAAGAAGCAUUUUCACCAACUGCUUUCUUUUUAGUUUUACUUCCUCCAAUUAUAUUUGAAUCAGGAUACAAUUUGCACAAAGGAAAUUUCUUUCAAAACAUAGGUUCCAUUCUUGUUUUUGCAAUAUUUGGUACUACUAUAUCUGCACUUGUUAUUGGUGCAGGAGUCUAUUUGCUCGGACUAGCAGAAGUGGCAUACCGUCUGAGCUUCGUUGAAAGCUUUGCAUUUGGAUCUUUAAUAUCAGCUGUUGAUCCUGUGGCAACUGUAGCAAUUUUCCAUGCACUGGAUGUGGAUCCUGUUCUUAACAUGUUGGUUUUUGGUGAAAGCAUUCUGAAUGAUGCUGUUGCCAUUGUGUUAACAACAUCAAUUUUGGAAUCAAACAAUCCAGCAAUGACAUCAUCAGAAGCUGUCCUAACAGGAAUCAACAGAUUUUGUUUGAUGUUCUUUGCAUCUGCAGGAAUAGGUGUUGUGUUUGCACUUGUGAGUGCUCUACUCUUGAAGCAUAUAGAUUUACGGAAGAACCCAUCUCUUGAGUUUGGAAUGAUGUUGGUUUUUACUUAUGCACCAUAUGCUCUUGCUGAAGGAAUUCACUUGUCAGGUAUAAUGGCAAUACUGUUCUGUGGGAUUGUUAUGUCACAUUACACCCACUACAAUUUGUCCACUGUGACUCAGAUAACAAUGCAGCAGACCAUGCGCACAUUGGCUUUCAUUGCAGAAACAUGUGUAUUUGCUUACCUGGGUCUUGCGUUAUUCAGCUUCAGACACCGUGUUGAGCCUGCACUUGUCGUUUGGAGCAUAGUGCUUUGCCUUGUUGGACGAGCUUGUAAUAUUUUUCCCCUGGCUGUAUUGUGCAAUCGUUUCCGUGAACAUCAGAUCACGAAGAAGAUGAUGUUCAUUAUGUGGUUCAGUGGUCUACGUGGUGCAAUUGCAUAUGCACUUUCAUUACAUUUGCAGUUCAGUGAUGAGACUAGACAUGUUAUUGUGACAACUACUCUCAUUAUAGUGCUCUUUACAACACUUGUCUUUGGAGGAUCAACUAUGCCUCUAAUGAAGUUACUACUUGCCAGUAAGAAGGGUCGAAGCCGUCGUCGACGCCGUGAAAAAGAAAUUACUUUGAGCAAAACAAGAGAAUGGGGGCAAACAAUUGAUUCAGAACAUUUAUCUGAAUACACAGAAGAAGAGAUGGAAGUCAGCUUCAUUCAGUCUAGGAUAAAAGGGUUUGCAAAAUGUGACAUAAAAUAUUUUAUUCCAUUUUUCACUCGCAGAUUCACUCAACAGGAGCUGAAGGACUGCAAAAGUCAAAUGACAGAUUUAACAAAUCAGUGGUAUCAAGCAAUUCGUAUAUCGCCCACAGAAACAGAUGAUGAAUCUACUACGGCAUCACGGCAGUAAAAUUUCCUGUAUAAUGCCAUCAUAAUUGUAUUUCUUGUGUAUAUAAAACAGAAAUUCCAGUACAGGAGCAGAUUUUUAUUUAGCAGAAACUGAUAGGCAUUGAACAGUGUGGCAAUGAGAGAGUAAAGUUAUCACUGUUUUCCCGAGUUCUAUGAAUUACUUUCUUUGUUUUUCAUGUUGUCAGAGUAGAACUUGGUCUCACCUGAACACAGUUUUCUGAAGCUGAAUAGACUUUUCAGUACUCUUUUAUUGUAAGUUCUUUUUUGUGAUUUUUGAUAGUUACCAGAAAGUGAAUGUUUUUUGUGUUGUUCAGUGUUUUAUUUAUAUAUGUGUGACUGAAAUACUUAAGGUAAAAUUUCUGUCUAUGGUGUUAUAUAUGAACAAGUAUUAGUGCCACAUGACCAUGGAUUCUGCAUCUUGUUUUAUAAUACAUCACUAAUUGGAGAAAGUGAUACCAUUGAUUUGGUUCAGGUCAUACAAGGAAAUUCCUUUUCUGGAUGUGUAACAAAUCUGCUCCCACUUGUUUUCGAAAAUCUCAUUAUUUAUUUUCUUUUGUGUGACAAGAUUUACAAAUCUGUGUGGAUGAAAAUUACUAUGAAUCUUCCUAGAAAAUAAACUGAAGUAAACGACAUUGUUAAAGCUCAAACAAUAGUGCUAAAAUGUGGGAACCAUUCAGUGUACAGUAUCUUCAUCUUCUUACUUUCCACAUUUUUUGCUAAACAGAUGUCUCACAAUCUGAGUCAUCUCUUUGACACUUGAGAGUAAACUCCAAAAAAAACUGAAGAGCAUUACUGACCACAAAUAAAUUUUCUCCAGUUCUUAGUAAACAUCUCUUUGAAAAUUCAGUCUAAACCACUGUCUUUCCAGUAAAUUAAUUUCUGUAACUAAACCAACCAAACAAAAUAUCCCUUUUGUUUAACCAGCCACAUACAACUUUCAUUGAUUGUGGGCUCACUUGUAAUUGUGUUCCCAAUGGAUCAUUACAUGAAGUCAAAAAAUCAAACAAUGGAAAGUCAGGACAGGAAAAUAAGUAUGUGGAAAGGAUAGAUUGCUAGUCACCACAUAGAGGAGGUAUUGAGUCAGACAGGCACAAUAGAAUAGAAUGCUAGAAAUAUUCUAGCAUCUUUUUUCACUUGCCUGUCUGACUCAGUGCUACCUCUAUGUGAUGAGUAGGAAUCUAUCCUUUCCACAUUGCUAUUACUAUCUAAAAAGCAUAGUUGUAUUUACAUUUUUGAAAGACAGAUAGCUCAAUCUUCAGAAAUGUUACUGUGCCACAAAGAGUGCUUCAGAUAUUUUUUUUUCAAAUACUUCAGCAGAACAACAAGCCUAGAUUGAAACUACUAUGCAAACACUGAAAUUAAGAUGGUGCACAGGCAUAAUAUUUACAGCAAAAAUUCUGUGAUUGACGUGUUUACAUCAGACAUGUUAAAUUUCUUACAAUAAGUGUCACUUAGGUAUAAAACAUGAUUGCAGUAUUUAUGAACAUGUGUUUUUAUAAGAACCUUAUGCAGUACUUAAAAGAAUAUUUAUGUUUAUCUAGGUCUAGUAGUUUUAAGAAAAGCAGAGAGACAUGUUGGAAUUUACCAAUAUUUGCUACAACAAAAGUGUGAUAUGAAAGAUCUGUACAAUCUUCUUGCUUCUGUAGAGUCUAGCUAUUUUCAUAUGUGAAGUGUGCAGUCAUUUUUAGUACUGUAAAUGUAUUGAGUUUUGUAAUUGCUUUGUAGGAAGUGGGCAAGGAAGCACACCUUUAAUAGAUUACUGCAGGUAUUUUAUUAAUUAUAGUGCCUAUAAUUCAGUCUGUGAUGUCUUGUGCGCACAUAUUAAUAUGAGAAGCUAAAUGUGAAUUGAGGGACCAUGAUUUCAACUUUAUUACCCUUUCUUAAAAUAAGUAAAUGGAUUAUCAAACUGUUAUAUGUAACUAUAUGCAAAUGUUGUUGUUUCUAUGUCAACAUAUUGGCCAAAGUAUAAGUAAAUGUUAUCAAAACAAAAUUCGCUGUCAAGUCUAAUAUCAUGAAAUUAAACUAUAUACUAUUGUAUCUCAGGCUGCUGCUUAGUGUCAUUUGCUAGGCGACUAAAUUAUAUCUGUGUGAACAUACACAAAUUUAUUUGAUGAUAAAGUAAAUAAUUAAUUAAAAAUACAUAGAAGAUAUAGAAAAUAAGUAGACAAAAUAUUAUCCCUUCACUUUUCCAUUACCACUCAGUAUUUCAGUCUAAAGCAAAAGACUUCAGGCUUGUGGUGUGUAACCCCCUCGGUGGAUAUAUUCAUUCUCUCUCUCUCUCUCUCUCUCUCUCUCUCUCUCUCUCUCACACACACACACACACACACACACACACACACACACACACACACACACACACACACACACACACACACACUCUCUUUCUCUUUUGUUCCCUGGAAUCCAGUAUGAUGAUCUGGACUUCCACUGCUAAUGUAAUGUUAUGUUUUGUCAUUUAUCCAGAACAAUUUUCUUCCUACCAGUAGAAGUAGCCAUAGUGCAAACAGUAAUCUGAAACAUUCAUGAACUUUUGAAAUCAAGAGUUUUUCUUUCUGUAGAUGUAUGUAAAUAGAGCAACAGGGAAAUGUACAUAAAAUAGCAAAAGGUAAUGGGAGAAAGGAUAAGUCACCCUGGCAACAAGAAGAGUUAGCAGGUAGUAAGAUGAUUUGUUGCCUCUUUUUGUAGCUCCAUAUUUACAGUUUUUUUAACUCAAACUUAUCAUAAAUAGUUGAAGGAAUUUAUUAGGUAAAUAGUACAUAUGGUUCAUAUUAGAAACCCACCUCAAUUUACAACUGAAUAAGUUUUGGGAAAUGACAAAGAAGUAAUCAAAUUGUUUCCCAGAAUAGCAGUCACCAAAAAUUUUCUCAAAUGGUGUAAUUAACUGAACUUCAUAGGGUAAGACCAAAGUAGCAGACUGUUUGUCACACUGCAAUAAAUAAUUUCUUUGUAUCCGAUUUUCAGUACUUACUUAUUUUGUCAGUGCUGUUACUCCUAUUCAACCACUAUCACUUCCUCCUCAAGAACAUGAGCAUUCAGCUUGUGUGAUGUGGAGCAAUAGUUGCACAGUUCACCCAAGACAGGAUAAUGAACCUCACCAUGCCUUUCCUCAUUAUUUCUGUUACUAUUCAAAAUGAGUUGGGCCCUAGAGAUCAUUCAUUCCUGAGAUUAAUUGUAUCAAAGGAAAAUUCAAUCGAAACCUUCAACAUUUGAAAUGUAUAGUACUGCAUAUUGAUACAUAUGAAAGUGAUAAACUUUCUAGCUUUUGAAACUAAUAGUUCCUUUCUUGUGUAGAAGAGUUGGAUAGGUCAGGAAUUUUUGUAUGGGGGGGGGGGGGGUCGCUACCACAAAAUAUAAAGAAUCAUUUAGUCACAAUAUGAAUUCAAAAUAUACUGUCAUCUGAUCAGUGAAUAACUGUUUUGUAGAAGGUUUAAAAAUUUCUGCAGUAUCAACACUCAUUACCUAGUAUUAAACAGUGUCUAUAUGCUGUUAUAAAGUAUAUCUAAAAACAAAGAUGAUGCAACUUACCAAACGAAAGCGCUGGCAUGUUGAUAGGCACACAAACAUACACACAAAAUUCAAGCUUU